AUGGUCGCUCACAAUCCGCUGUUCCACGGGCGAUGGACGCUCAAGAAGUUCAAUGCCACAGUCGUCAAUGAUAUCUGGCCAGAAGUUCUGUUCUUCUCUGCGGUCGCUACUAUGGUCUACCUGGUGUCGACGAUGACUUCCACGAAACUCAGCAUAAACACCGGCUUGCUGACAGUCCUGGGUACGGUUCUCGGUUUGGUCAUUUCCUUCAGAACGUCGACGGCAUACGAAAGGUAUCAAGAUGGAAGGAAGAUGUGGACUAACAUCAACAUCGCAUCAAGAAACUUGGCACAGUUUAUCUGGAUCCAUGUUCCCACCGAGAGGCCCGCAACCGCCCAGCAGCGCACCGAGCUGGAGGCUAUCAUUGAGAAGAAGACGAUGGUUAACUUGGUACAAGCGUUCUCCGUGGCUGUCAAGCAUCUGCUACGUGGUGAACCCGGAAUAUAUUACCAAGAUCUCUACCCUCUCAUCUGCCAUCUGCCCCGUUAUGCGAACAUGGAAGCUGGACAGCGCAUUCCGGAGGACAUCCUCCCUCUUUUCCGCGAAGUCCACGCCGCGGGGGAGAUACCGCACGUCCACCCCCACCAGAACGUGCGCGACGCAGUCCAGGGACACAAGCCACAGAAGACGGCCUCCCUCCCCGAUCCCAAACAUGACCAUGAUCUCGGAGGCAAAGACGAAGACAGCAAGUCCACCAACGCCUCCUGGUACCAGUCCCUCGGCAGAAGGUCGCCGCGCAAGCAGAGACGUGACAGCUUUGACCCGGAGAAGGCAUUGGCACAUGUGGACAGUGAGCAGCCGUUGAAGCCGGCUCGCAAUCCUCCCGAGACAACAGUCUAUGAUUAUGUUCCUCUCUUCCGCUUCUUCAAGUGGGUAAUCUUGAUCAUCUUCCGCCGCACUGCGUCUCUCGCUCGGAUGGCCGCUGAACGCAAGAAGAAGGGCGCUAGGGAUGCUCUUGGGAGAAAGAGGAAGGUCGAGGAGAUCGAGAGCAAUGUUCCUAUAGAGAUUUGUUUGUACCUCUCGAGUUACACAGCUUAUGUUAUGAAGCAAGGCUUGGUUACGCCGGCCAUCGCCACGGCCCUCACUAACAAUCUUUCUUCUCUCCAAGACACCAUGUCCAACUUAGAUCGUAUCAGGAGCACCCCGUUGCCAUUCGCAUAUCAGGCGCAUCUUCGCAUGUCACUUUGGCUUUACCUCUUCUUCCUGCCAUUCCAACUCUUUGCGACCUUUGGCAACCUAGUGAUUCCAGCCACCGCAUUCGCGUCGUUCCUCCUUCUCGGGUUCUUGGAAAUUGGUCAAGAAAUUGAAGAUCCCUUCGGAUACGAUGCCAAUGAUCUCGAUGUUGACAGCUUCUGCUUGCACAUCGAGCGAGAAAUUCACGAAAUCACCGCGCAUCACUGCCCAACCCCCGACGUCUUCGCGUUCAGCCCGUGGAACCAGCCAUUCGCACCUGCAGAUCGCCGCACGGCCGAAAUGCUCCUCAAGAAUCCUACACAGAGGUAUACGGUCCCGGAUCAGGAUAUCAACCUCCAACCCGGCAUGGCGAGCAUCAGGCGGACGCUUCUGAACAGCUGGAGGACCGUCGAUCGUGUCACCCGCGAUUCGUAG